UUAACUUUUUUACUGUUGUGAUUUUUUUACGGAUACGUAGGUACGUACUUCUGUCGUUACGUACGCAGUUAUAAACCAUCGUUGACCGCCCAGAGGUGCACUACCAGAGGAGUUGAACGUGUGUGUGGUGCAGGUGGUGGUGGCACAAUGCAGUCACUAAAAUUCAGCUUAUUUAUGGCAGUUAUUGCGGUUGGAAUAACAGUUGUUUUUGUUAAACCAGCAACAAGUCAAGGCCAUUCACAUGUGAACAGUCCACCCAUAUUAGUGGUGCCGGAUCGCAAUUGGCGAAUAUCAGAAACGGAACCGGUUGGUCAAAUAAUUGCACGGAUUCGUGCAGAUGACUCAGAAAAUGAUGAAUUAAUAUUUGGCUUGGAACCGGCAUAUAAAGGAACAAUCAAUCCAUUUCGAAUCGAUCCAGUUGGUGGCGUUGUUUAUCUAAAUGAAAGUCUUGUCGGUCGGGGCGGGGAGAACUUUUUUCUCUAUAUCACUGUAACUGACGGACAAUUGACCGCAAAAAAUGAGGUAUUUGUUAAUAUAUUAUCAGCUAAGGACGAGCGUGGUCGUGGCCCGAGACCACCACCACCAUCCAUAUCAAACGUUGUACACAAUAUAUCACACUUUUUGCCAUCCUUUGAUCGUUUGCCAGGAGUACAGUCGAUUCGAAAUCAGCAACCAAAUAGGAGGCCGUCUAAUAUUUUACCACCAGGUUUUAAUAACAUUUACCCGCCACCUGUUUUAAACUUUAAUCCCAAUCAGCAGAUGCCAAUGUGGCCGACAAAUAAUGUUGAUGAGAAUAGCGAUGAACAGGAUAAUGAUUAUAGCAAUGAAAUGACAACCGUGACAACGCCGCAGACAACGUCUACGACCACAAGUCGCACAAUAUUAACACCCAUCAGCCAUCAUGGCACAACGUCAUCAGCAUCCAAAAAUGUAACCAAGACUGAGUCAACAGCUACAACGAAUUCAUCAUCAAUCAAUGGCAGUAGCAGUAGUAGUGGUGGUGGCAAACAGGCGAAAGAGGACGAGGACGACUCGUUGCAUGAAACAAAUUCUACCACAAUAUUUUAUGGUUUCAGAUCGCAAAUGAUUCCUCUUGUUUUGACUGCUUGUGGGCUCUUUGUGGCAGCUGCUGUCAUCAUUGGAUUUCUAUAUCGCAAACGUUUGUGUGCUUUUGGUAAAACACUGAAGAAAAAAUCAAAAGAAGAAAUGGCCAAAAAGUCGAAUCAAAGCAAUUUGAGCAGCAGCAAUUUAACGGAUGACAGUCGCAAUUCAAUGGUUAUGCAACAUUGGAAUGGUCCAAUGGCUUAUGGCAAUCGUUAUGUGCCAUGGGAAAGAGAUCAACAGCCACAGCAGCAGCUACACAUGCAACAGCAACUGCAGCAACAACAAAUAAUGCAACAGUCAAUUGCUACAUCUCAACUAUCAACAAGUGCUACAAAUGGUGGCAUUGGCGCCAAUCUGCCUGCUUCAUUGGGAGGAGUUGUUGGUGGUCCUCCGUCUACAGCUGGCAAUGUGGGUGCUGGUGGUGUAGUUCUUGGUGGCAGCAUUUACACACAACCGGAAAAUUUCGAUGGUUGGGAAUUCCCAAGACAUCGAUUAAAAUUUUUCAACAUAUUGGGUGAAGGUGCUUUUGGCCAAGUAUGGCGUUGUGAGGCAACCGACAUUGACGGAAACGAAGGCGUUACAACCGUGGCUGUAAAAACAAUUAAAGAAAAUGCAACAGAAGUCGAGAAAAAAGACUUGCUAUCGGAAUUAGAGGUCAUGAAGUCCUUGGAGCCACAUGUAAAUGUAGUACGAUUUUUAGGAUGCUGCACCGACAAGGAUCCAAUAUUUGUAAUUAUCGAAUACGUAAAUUAUGGAAAACUACAAACAUAUCUUCGUAGUUCAAGAGCUGAGAGGCACUACGGCAAUACACAUGGCAAAUCGAAUGUCCUGACGUCAGGUGACUUGACAUCGUUUAUGUAUCAGGUUGCCAAAGGAAUGGAUUAUCUAACAUCACGAGGGAUAAUCCACAGAGAUUUGGCUGCAAGAAAUAUAUUGAUUGCAGAUGAUCACACUUGCAAAGUCGCAGACUUUGGAUUUGCACGUGACGUAAUCACUUCAAAGGUUUAUGAACGUAAAAGUGAAGGAAAAUUACCCAUCAGAUGGAUGGCCAUUGAAUCGCUUUACGAUAAUAUAUUUUCCGUUAAAUCCGAUAUCUGGAGUUUCGGUAUACUGAUGUGGGAGAUUGUAACACUUGGAUCAACGCCAUAUCCAGGCAUUUCUGCAUCAGACGUUAUGCGCAAAGUUCGCGAUGGCUUUCGAUUGGAGAAACCGGAACAUUGUAGACGUGAACUCUAUAACAUCAUGUAUUACUGUUGGUCUCAGGAUCCCAACGAACGACCUUCAUUUGGAGAAUUGGUGAAAAUGCUUGACAAACUUCUGCAUACGGAAAUGGAUUAUAUAGAAUUGGAAAGAUUUCCCGAUCACAAUUACUAUAAUAUUGUUAGUUUUAGCGAUGAAAAAGUCUAAAGUAAAAUUUCAAAAAAUUGUUGUUGAUUUCGUAAUAAAUUAAGUACCUCAGGAUAAUUCUAUAAAUAUUUAUUAUACAAGUAUUCACUGCCUCUAAAAAUGCUCUGUUUUCUUUUUUAAAUUUUACUUAUCUUGAAUUAUUUAUUUUAAAUUAAUUGAUAUAAAACAGUCAUAAUUACGUAUUUAUAAACUUCAAUUGUCACUUGGACCCAUACAUACAUACAUAAUAUUUGAUUUGGCUUAAAGUAAUGAUCCAUAUACAUUAGUUGUAGAUGUCCAUAAACUAAAAUAAAAGCUUAUUCAUUCUCAAAUUCGUUGUCCUGGCUUGAGAACCUUUUAUAAUUUCACCGAAACGUUGUUUUCCAUUUUUCAAACUUCAAUCUAGUUCGAAUUUUAUUCGAAUUUUUAGAAACCUAUUUUCUUCUCGAUUUGAUGUUAGCUAUAUGUCCAAGACACAAAAUGUUUACCAAAAAUAUCUAUAAAGUCAGAAAACAAAAAACUUUCUAUUAUUGAAUGAGAAAUUUCUUCAUUUAUCUUAUAAAAUAUAAGAAAUAACAUUUGUUUGUGUGGGAUGUCGCAAGUAUUUUAGUUGAACUCAAUUUUUUGUUUUAUAACUCAAUGAAAUUAUAAAUUGUUAUAUAUGUAGCUUAUGAAAUUGCGAGUGUUUUGAACAUAUAGCUACCAUCAGAUCGGAGAGAGCAAUUGUUUCGAAAAAUUCAAAUAAAUUUCGAACUAAUUGAAUUUUUAAAAAUGGAAAAAAGUAUUAAUUUAAACUAAUUACAUUAAAUAAUUCUAUGUCAAAAUUUAAAAAACAUUUAAAAUUUUUCCCAUUUUUAUCCCUAUAUUUUUUGACUAUCACGAUAAUUCAGAUACGGCACUGAAACCAAUAAUUCAUAUGUUUCCUUUACGUGAAAUAUGGAAAAAAUCAUAAAAUCCUUAAUAAAAUAUCCUUUUUGUCCUUUGAUACAAUUUACCAAAUACCGACGCCAGGAUAAACAUUUUGUGAGAUCAAGUCCCCAACAAAGCUUAACUUUCAUUUUAGUUGGGAAAAUCGACAUCUUAUUUUUCAUCCAUACAAUCGGGGCCAACAUAAUUUAAACUUAUUUGUGUAUGUGAGUAUGUAUUUAAAUCAUUAUUAUAAGAUUAAAUUUAAAAAAAUCGAUUAUUGUUGAAAUAUUUUUCCCUUGUACAUAGUUUUAAUAUUAAUUCUAAGAACUCUGCUAUUUAUUAUAAACAUACAUAAAUAUUAAAAAAUAAAUAAAAAAAGACCAUUAUGUAUAUAGAUAUUAA